AUGGCGGACGACGACGACGACGACGACCCGUUCGACGCGCUGAUGGGCAUCGACGCCGAGGAGUUCAAGCAGCUGCUGGACGAAGCCCCCGCGAGCGCGGCGGCGGGCGAGAAGGUCUUCCGAGGCGGCGUCGCGGUCGUGGACGACGGCUCCAUCUCGCGCGAGGAAUUCCGCGCGAGGUUUCUCGUCCCGCGCGUCCCGGUCGUGAUCCGCGACGCCGCGUUCGCGCCGACGCACCUCACGCCGGCGUACCUGAGAGCGACGUACGGGGACGUGAUCGUGCCGCUGGACGUCACCGCGGCGAAUCGCGCGGACGCCAAGUUGGGCGACUUCCUCGACGCGCUGUCGUCGACGUCGUCGUCGAACGCCGCCGCCGCCGACGACGACGACGACGCCGAGCGGUCUAGGUUGAAGUCGCGGUACCUUCGGAACCUUCAGAUGCACGAGUGGUUCCCGCGCGAGGCCGCGAAGCUGCGCCUCCCCGAGCGGCUCUUCGGCGCGAACGCGCUCGCGGACGCCGCGCUCGUCCCGCGCUGCCCGGACAGCUGGCGGCGCUGGCACGAACUCUUCGUGUGCGGCCCCGAGUGCGACGGGUUUCCGUUCCUGCACCGCGACACGUGCGGCGUCGCCGCGGCGUCGAUGCAAGCGCACGGCGCGAAACGCUUCACGUUGUUCCACCCGGACGACGGUGCGCGUCUGUACCCGCGCGGCGGCAGCGGGCUCCGAAGCGAGAUCCCCGCGAGGGCGCUCGCGAAGCCGGGCGGCGUGUGCUUGGAGACGUAUCCCGCGUUCGCGCGCGCCAAGCGGAUCACCGUCGACGUCCGCGCGGGGGAGUGUCUCGUCGUGCCUCCGGACUGGUGGCACACCGCGCGCGCGGUCGGGGACGAGGUGAGCGUCAGCGUCGCCGCGUCGUUCGUGGACGUCGAGCGCGCGGACGCGUUCAACGACGCGUACGCGGAGUUUGAAGCGCUGAGGUCGCUGGCGAGCGUCGGCGCGGCGACGUGA